UGGACCCCGACAAGUGCCCUAACAUUGAUGUGGAAACAAUCUUUCCAUUUAUGAGGCUCCAGAAGAUCACGAAGAAGGAGCUGUUUGUGCUUGAUUAUAAAGGACCUCACACACCAAGAUCGGGUCCGAUAAAUAAAGGACCUACUGAACCGACUCCGAAUGAACCUGUGCUGCUCCUCCUGGACACCACCACUGUGGUGGGGAUCGCCUUUGCAGCCUUUCUUAUUGGGGCCCUGCUGACCGGGGCCCUGUGGUUUAUCUACACACAUACAGGAGGGGCAGCCACCUCGCAGCCCGUCCAGAAGUCCAAGCCGCCCUCGCAGAACAGCAGCGCGGCCCACAGCAUAGGCAGCACGCAAAGCACGCCGUGCUCCAGCAGCAGCACGGCGUAGCUCAGGACGGCGCCAACAGGAGGCCCGCAGACCUGCCGCUGCUGCUGCAACCUCACAGUAACCCUCUCAUUGUUCCCCUAAAGUGAUGCAGCAAACAAAGACGGCAUUAGUUCACCACAAACGUGCUGGGAUG